AACUCGUGGGUUCCUGACAAUGAACACAUGAAAAUGCUAAAGCUAAAUGGAUAGCAAUCAAAUUCUGUUCUAAGAUCUAUAGUACACAAAAAGAAUGCACAAUAUAUUCUCCUUUUGCACCCAAUUUCCACACUGAUCUAUCCGGUUCCUCAGCUAAGGGACAUCAGAUUCUUGCUGAAGCUGGUGCUGCAUCCACAUACCCAGAAGCUCUCUACAAAAUUCUCAUAAACCCUACAUACCCCAUCCUUCAUUAAACACAUGUGCCAGUCACAUUCUUACCAAAUGCUGGGUAAUAAAAUCAAAGGAAUUUGAAAGCUACAUUUUGUGUUCCCUUCCACUCCUCCCAGGAACAAGUGGAGUUAUCAUCCUCCACUUUCUUGUGACAGAAUGCAAACAACAGUGGCUUAUUCUGCAUUAAACUCUGCUAGAAAUGCAACUCACGUGAUCUAGCUUCCACCUGAGAAAGAGUGCCCCCUUGUAAAUACUGCUGACUAGCUAACCAAAUGGCAUGACAACGUUGUCCUGAAGUUGUUAACUUCUUGAGAACUUCCCUUGGAAUCCUAAAGAAGUACAACAUGUAGGAAGGCGAUGCUGCUUAAACAAGAAUUAUUGGGAGUAAACCCUUCCGCAUAAGAUAAUAUUUUAUCUUGCCACCUAGCCAACUCCAUUCUACUUUUUCCUCUGUAGUCUUCCACAAAAUGGAAAAUCUCUCAUCUCUCAACCUCAUUCCUAAGCAAUAGAGCUCUUUUCAAACCUCAAAGAUGUUUAAGCGUAGGAUAAGCUUCAAAUUUCUUGCCUGCUGUAAAUUUUCUACAAAAAGAAUGGUGUCGUCUGCAUCUUUGAGAAUAGACACAUCACGCAACCGUCUUCCUUGAAAUGAGAAACAAUAUCCCUUAUUAAUCCUUUCUGCACUCUUUUUAUUGACCAAAAUGGCCACACCAACAGCUAUAAUAAUACUAAAAAGCAAGGCGGGAUAAUGGCCCCCCUAUCCCACAUCCUUGAAGGCAUGGAAGUAAGUUUCUAGCAGGUUAAUGCAUAUAUGUUUGAAACAAGGUGGUUGAUGUUUAUGGUAAUCUUGUCUUUACAUGGCCUAGUGAUUUUCAUAUUCUUUUUGUUCCAUUCUGCUUAUUGAUGAAAUCAAUGUGAUGCCACUCAGUCAUGGCUAAUGUUUUUGCAGAUUUCACUCUUACAUUGAGGAUAGCUGAUCAAUCACGUACAUCUGGUAUCUCCGUGACUUUCUUUGCCAACAACACUGCACUACUGCCGUCUGUUAGGUCAAGCGGCGAUAUCAUCAGUCUCCAUAAUGUUGUGAUAAAAGUGCUUCAUGGUGAAUUCUUUGUAACUAUUGAGAAAAGGUUUUCUUCGUUUGCACUAUUUGGAGGGAUGGUAUCUACAGAGUUCAGGCCUUACCAGAUUUCUAUGAAACAUCAAGGAACCAAACAUGACAAUCAAAUUUUAACCCAGAUGAGAAUGUGGCUUGUGUAUCAUCCUCCAGGUCUGAAAGAUCUUGAAUUGCAGCUACGGAAUAUAAAGUCUGAUUCUACUUUUGAUCUUGUAUGCAAGGUACUUCAUGUCUGUGAAGCUCCCAGUGGCGAAUGGAUUUUUUAUGUUUGGGAUGGAACUGAUACUCCUGCAACUGAGCUUCAGACACUUUUGGACACGGAAGCAGUUACACCAACCCCUCUGCAUCCUGAAGAAGCGCCGCUACCCAGGGAGGUUCUAUGCACACUGCCUUGUGUUGGAACUGUCCUGAGGGUAUUCUCAAACAGAUUUUCCAAGGAAAUACUACACUUGCAAAAGGAUAUUUACUGGGCCCGGUUCUGCAAUAUUACUUGCAAACAGGAGUUUGGCAUGUGGAAAGGCUCUUUGCUGCCUUCUAGUAGAAUCCGUCUUUUAUCUAAUGAAGAUGGCGGUGUCAUUGAACGUUUGAAGGCGUACGAUGGUCGUUUUGCCACCCAAGUUCAUCGAGAGCCAAUGGCUAGCCUCCACAUGGCCUCUGAUAUUACUGAUGUGGAGUUCAAGAGAGCAGGUUACACGACAUUAAUGGAGUCGCUCACCCAUGGACAGGUGACGCACAAAUUCAAAACCCUGGUCCGUGUGGUGGCGGCAUACCCUUGUCAAGGCAAAGAGCUGGAUUCACUAUUGACGGGUGAUUAUUGCCUUCGGCUGACUCUUGAGGAUCCUACGGCGAGAAUCCAUGCAUACGUCCACAAGAACGAUGCGGUGAGCUUUUUCGGCGGUUUCCUCACGCUGGCGGCGCUGACCAGAAAGAUGAACAGGCUGCUGGGCGUCCCGGAGCCAGAAGACGAUGCCGAGGAAGGCAUAGUCGGGGGCGGGGGCAGGAACCCUCCCUGGGUAUGGUGCUGCCUGAAGUCGUACCGCCUGGACAAGUACGACCCCUGGGGCAGCCGACGGUAUCGGGUCUUCGGCACGGAGAUCAGGGACUGAGAUAGGCGGAAGGCGAUCGACGGAUCCGCGACCUGGCGAACCACCUCGGGGACGGCACUGUGUACGGACAGAGUGGUCUGCCUGAGUUGGCACUACCAGUCAUCCCGUUGCUGCUGUUUGUUCCUUAGACUGGAGGAGCCACUCUGUUGCUGUUACUGGAUUGGUGCAGUUUUCGUGCAGUCGAUGGCAUGAUGGCACUAGUCAGUGGUCACUAGUGUGAGUCCUGUAUGACUUGUGCUCCUCCCAAAGUCGCGAAGUCGACGGCGCUAGCUUAGUUGGUGUGUGUCGUGGGGAAGAAACGUGAGGAGUUUCCCGCCGGAGGCGUUGGGUUCGCCGCACGGCACGGCGUUUGACGGCCAAGUCGUGGUGUUGACGGUCCGGUCACUUGCUUUCUUAGCGUGCAGGCAAAGGAAAUCAAAGCUAGUCGAUAGUCCUGAGUUUCACACCAUCGGUGUGGUUGAGUUUUAUGUCAUGCUGCUGGAUACUUGCUCGACUUUGCGUGCACUGACUGGAUCACCCUGUGUUCAACUAAUUCCUCUGUUAGGAGAAUUGCCAACUUCCACUAAAUUGUACCCCCUCUUUAAAAUUAACCGAAAAUUUCGAUAUGUUCCAGGUCAAAAUUGUACUCUUUAAAA